CGGCCCCCUCGCUUCGUCCACCUCGAGCAAGCGCACCGUCCACGCCUACACCGCGCUCAGCCGACUAGUGCCCACCCCACCGCGUCGCCUUCGCUUCUCGAGUGACCGCCGCCCACCUCCUCGUCCUCAUCUCCCUCGUCCUUCUCCAUCCUCGGAAUCCGGUCAUCCACCACCUCGCGCCGCCUGUCCAGUACCAUGAGCCGCACCGCAAAAGCUCUCUUCGCCGCCUCGGUCGUCUUCUGCGGCGCCUCGAUCUGGGGCGUGCACCGCAUUCAGACUCUUGAGCGCGAGACCAUGUUCGCCGGCGUCAUCCGCGACGAGGCCCGCCUCGCCGCCAAGCGCGCCCAAAAAGCCCGCGAGCUCGAGUUCGAGGACCAGGCGCGCAAGCGGGCCUACCUCGAGAGCGUCCAGGCCGUGUCGCAGCCCGUCGUGCCGCCUCCACCGGUCAAGGGCGACGUGCCGACAAGCCCAGACGGCCUCGACUUUGGCUGCAAGACGUGCGACAAGCCGUGACGAGGCGCUCUCGGACCUCCUGCCGCUCGACAUCGUCUCAUUGUUGUAUAACCUCACCUCGUACACUUGCAAUCGCACCCCAUUCCGCACCUCG